AUGGGUACUGGCAGGGUAAUUCACGAUGAUAAGGGGCAGUGGUGUGUCGGUUUUGUAGGGUUUGAGGUUGGGGGUAAUGCUCUAGUGGCGGAGGGUAUGGCGUUGCAUGACGGCUUGCAACUUGCGUGGGAUUCUGGUUACCAGAAGUUGGUCUGUGAGUUGGAGUCUAUUGAGAUUUUGAGGUUGGUGGCGCACCUGGACUCUAUCCAUGUAUUCCCGGUGGUGACGGAAAUUAGGGACAUGUUAAAAAGGAAUUGGGAGGUAUCUUUACGGCGUAUUCCUCGGGGUUGCAAUGGAGUAGCUGAUUUUAUGGCCAAGUACAUUGCUUGGUCAGAUAGGUAG